UCCCUCCAAUUUGCUCUAGGGACGCGGGGCGGACGCGCGCAGCCGGGAGAUGCCGCUGCUCCACCGAAAGCCGUUCGUCAGGCAGAAGCCGCCGGGGGACCUGCGGCCGGACGAGGAAGUUUUCUACUGUAAAGUCACCAACGAGAUCUUCCGCCACUACGAUGACUUUUUUGAACGAACCAUUCUGUGCAACAGCCUUGUGUGGAGUUGUGCAGUGACGGGCAGACCUGGACUGACCUAUCAGGAAGCACUUGAAUCAGAAAAAAGAGCAAGACAGAAUCUUCAGAGCUUCCCAGAGCCACUAAUUAUUCCAGUUUUAUACUUGACCAACCUUACCCAUCGCUCACGCUUACACGAGAUUUGUGAUGAUAUCUUUGCAUAUAUCAAGGACCGAUAUUUUGUUGAAGAAACUGUGGAAGUCAUUAGGAACAAUGGUACAAGGCUGCAGUGUAGAAUCUUGGAAGUCCUCCCUCCGUUACAUCAAAAUGGUUUUGCUAAUGGGCACAUGAGCAGUGUUGAUGGAGAGACUAUUAUCAUCAGUGACAGUGAUGAUUCAGAAACACAAAGCAGCUCUUUUCAACAGGGGAAGAAAAAAGAUGCAGUUGAUCCCUUAUUAUUCAGGUACAAGGUGCAGCCCACUAAAAAGGAAGUGUAUGAGCCUGCUAUCGUAAAAGCAACGCAAAUCAGUCGGAGAAAACACCUAUUUUCUCGUGAUAAACUAAAGCUUUUUCUGAAGCAACACUGUGAACCGCAAGAUGGAAUCAUUAAAAUUAAGGCAUCAUCUCUUUCGACAUACAACAUAGCAGAGCAAGAUUUUUCUUAUUUCUUCCCUGAUGAUCCACCUACAUUUAUCUUCAGUCCUGCUAACAGACGAAGAGGAAGACCUCCCAAACGAUUAUCUCUUGGUCAGGAAGACCACAUUGUUAGUAAACAGACUAUUACAGGUUGUCGGAACAAAGCCACAAAAGAAAGAGACAAGCUUUUGAAACAAGAAGAAAUGAAGGCACUAGCUUUUGAAAAGGCUAAAUUAAAGCGAGAAAAAGCAGACGCUUUGGAAGCAAGAAAAAAAGAAAAGGAAGAUAAGGAGAAAAAGAGGGAAGAACUGAAGAAAAUUGUAGAAGAAGAGCGACUAAAGAAAAAAGAAGAAAAGGAGCGACUUAAAAUAGAGAGAGAAAAGGAAAGAGAGAAAUUACGUGAAGAAAAGAGAAAAUAUAUGGAGUACUUAAAGCAGUGGAGCAAACCCAGAGAAGAUAUGGAAUGUGAUGACCUUAAGGAACUUCCGGAACCAACUCCAGUGAAAACUAGACUACCUCCUGAGAUCUUUGGUGAUGCGCUGAUGGUUCUGGAGUUCCUUCAUGCAUUUGGGGAACUCUUUGAUCUUCAAGAUGAGUUUCCUGAGGGAGUAUCCUUAGAAGUGUUAGAGGAAGCUCUUGUAGGAAAUGACAGUGAAGGCCCACUGUGUGAAUUGCUUUUUUUCUUCCUGACUGCAAUCUUCCAGGCCAUGGCUGAAGAAGAGGAGGAAGUAGCCAAAGAGCAGAUAACUGAUGCUGACACCAAAGAUUUAUCAGAGGCUUUGGAUGAAGAUGUAGACCCCACAAAAUCUGCACUGUCUGCAGUUGCAUCUUUGGCCGCUGCAUGGCCACAGUUACACCAGGGCUGCAGUUUGAAAAGCUUGGAUCUUGAUAGCUGCACUCUUUCUGAAAUCCUCAGACUGCACAUCUUAGCUUCGGGUGCUGAUGUAACAUCAGCAAAUGCAAAGUACCGUUAUCAGAAACGAGGGGGAUUUGAUGCCACAGAUGAUGCCUGCAUGGAGCUGCGACUGAGCAAUCCUAGUCUGGUGAAGAAACUGUCCAGCACUUCUGUAUAUGAUUUGACACCAGGAGAAAAAAUGAAGAUACUUCAUGCUCUCUGUGGAAAGCUACUGACCCUAGUUUCUACUAGGGAUUUCAUUGAAGAUUACGUUGAUGUAUUACGGCAGGCCAAGCAGGAAUUCCGAGAGCUCAAGGCAGAACAACACCGCAAAGAGCGAGAAGCCACAGCUGCUCGAAUACGUAGAAGGAAAGAAGAAAAACUUAAGGAACAAGAACAGAAAAUGAAAGAGAAGCAAGAGAAACUGAAGGAGGAUGAGCAGCGGAAUUCAGCUGCAGGUCUAGGGGAGGAAGGAAGGGAAGAUUUUGACACUAGUACGGAGAGCAAAGAAAUAGACGGGAAAGAUCUGGACCCUGACGUGGUUACUGAGGAUGAAGAUGACCCAGGAUCACUGGAAAGGAGCAGAAGACGUACAGAAGGGAAAGUGGGUCAAAAUGGCGUUAAGCAGUGUAUGAAGCAGGAAGAGAUGAGCUGCUAUACAAAGCAGGAGCCUCCUCCUGCUGACGCAGAAGCUGUGCGGCAAGAGCACCAACGGAAAGAGAAGGAACUCCUAGACAAGAUCCAGAGUGCCAUCGCCUGUACUAAUAUCUUCCCUUUGGGGCGAGACCGCCUGUACAGGCGAUACUGGAUUUUCCCUUCUAUUCCCGGUUUGUUCAUAGAAGAGGAUUUUUCAGGUCUUACUGAAGACAUGCUGUUGCCUAGACCUUCAUCGUUUCGUCAUAACGCACAGUCUCACGAUCCUCAGGUUUCUGUUAAAGCUGAAGAGUCCUUCAUGUCCAAAUCUACCUCCAGCCUUGACCAAGGUCCAUUCAAUGAUUCUAUGCUAUUGCCAAAACCAGUGCAUAAGCCAAAUCGGUGGUGCUUCUACAGUUCCCGGGAGCAGCUGGACCAGCUUAUUGACGCUCUCAACUCCAGAGGACACAGGGAAAGUGCCUUAAAAGACACCCUUCUGCAGGAGAAGAGCAGGAUAUGUGCUCAGCUGGCCCACUUUUCUGAAGAGAAAUUUCACUUUUCAGACAAACCUCAAGCUGAUAGCAAGCCUGUUUCUUCUCGGGGACGAUCUUCCAAUGUAUAUGACACAUCACAGAUGUCUGCAGAGAGGCAGCUUGAGCUGAGGCUCAGAGACUUUCUUUUGGACAUUGAAGACAGAAUCUAUCAAGGGACAUUAGGAGCAAUCAAGGUUACAGAUCGGCAUGUCUGGAGAUCGGCCUUAGAGAAUGGACGGUAUGAGCUGUUAAGUGAGGAAAGCAAGGAGAAUGGAGUGAUUAAAACUGUGAAUGAAGACGUCGAGGAGAUGGAAAUUGAGCAAGCAAAGGUCAUAGUGAGAGACAGACUUUUGGGGAUUAAAACAGAAACUCCAAGUACCAGCAGUACACCGCAGUCAGUGAGCAAUGUGGUUCAUUAUCUGGCUAUGGCCCUCUUUCAGAUAGAACAGGGCAUCGAGCGGCGUUUCCUCAAAGCUCCACUUGAUGGCAGUGACAGCGGACGUUCUUAUAAAACUGUCCUGGAUCGUUGGAGAGAGUCCCUCCUUUCCUCUGCAAGUCUAUCCCAAGUCUUUCUUCAUUUAUCAACCUUGGAUCGCAGUGUGAUGUGGUCUAAAUCUAUACUGAACGCGCGUUGCAAGAUCUGCCGGAAGAAGGGUGAUGCUGAGAACAUGGUCCUCUGUGAUGGCUGUGACCGCGGCCAUCACACCUACUGCGUCCGGCCGAAACUUAAGGCCAUUCCUGAAGGAGAUUGGUUUUGUCCAGAAUGCCGACCAAAGCAGCGCUCCAGGAGACUUUCCUCUAGGCAGAGACCGUCUCUGGAAAGUGAUGAAGAGAUGGAAGAGAGCAUGGAAGGAGACGACGAAGUUGAUGAUGAAGAAGGCGAGAGUGAGGAGGAAGAGUAUGAGGUAGAACAAGAUGAAGAGGACUCCGAAGAGGAGGAGGAACUCAGCCCACCCAAACGAGGAAGACCACAAGUCAGAUUGCCAAUUAAAACAAGAGGGAGACUUAGCUCUUCUUUCUCAAGUCGCAGCCAGCGACAAGACCCCGGGCGGUACCCCUCAAGGGGUCAGCAGAGCACACCCAAAACCACUGCUUCUAAGACUGCUGGCAGGAACCUAAGGAAGAUCAGAUCUGCUCCUCCUACAGAGACUCGUUCGUUAAGAAAUGCUAGUCGUUCGACUCGCCAGAGUCCUGGUGCACUGCAAGCAGAUAUGCUUGUGGAACUGCUGAGUCCUCGUGGAAAACGCAGAGUACGGAAGAGUGCCGAUAGCACUCCAGAACACAGCCCCAGCAUCGCCAACUUCAGAGUCGGCACCUCGAGAUCAAGCGUACACUUGAUACCUUUAAAUACCGACGCAGGGCUUUCUCUCCAAGACAGCGACUCUAAGAGAAGAGGCAGGAAGAGACAGUCUACAGAGUCGUCUCCUAUGCCACUGAACCGAAGAAGUUCUGGCCGACAAGGAGGCGUUCAUGAGUUGUCCGCCUUUGAACAGCUUGUUGUGGAAUUGGUGCGGCAUGAUGAUAGCUGGCCCUUUCUGAAACUUGUUUCUAAAAUCCAGGUCCCAGACUACUAUGACAUCAUUAAGAAGCCCAUUGCCUUAAAUAUAAUUCGAGAAAAAGUAAAUAAAUGUGAAUAUAAAUUAGCAUCUGAGUUUAUUGAUGAUAUCGAGUUAAUGUUUUCGAACUGCUUUGAGUACAACCCUCGGAACACGAGUGAAGCAAAAGCUGGAACUCGGCUUCAAGCAUUUUUUCAUAUUCAAGCUCAAAAGCUUGGACUCCACGUCUCGCCCAGUAAUGUGGACCAGGGUAGCACGCCACUAGCUGCAAAAAAGUCACGGGUCUAGUUUUGUCCUUCUAAAGGCUAUAUGUGAAGAAAAACAGGAAUCGUUCAUAAAAAUGGAACAUUAAAUCAUGCUCUAAAGCA